UAUGGUGGCAAGUACCACAAUUCUGGGUAAUUGCAGCUGGUGAGAUAUUCCUUACAUCAACAUCAUACGAAGUUGCAUUUACAUAUUCACCAAGCCAUCUUAAAGCAGUAUCAUCGGCGAUCAACUUGCUGUUCUUCGCUAUUGCCAAUUUUAUCGCUGGUGCCAUAUUUCAAGUAU